GAGUACACUUUGGAUUACAUAUUCGUAAAACUCGGAAUAACUACUGAAACGGUAGAACACCCAAUUUUAAUGACUGAACCUAUUUGUAAUCCAAGUCAUUCAAGGAAAUUGAUGUCUGAAUUGUUAUUCGAAUGCUACCGCGUACCUUCAGUGUGUUACGGUAUUGAUGCCCUCUUUAGCUACCAUGCAAAUGGUUUAUCGUUAGAUGGGGGGAUCAUCAUCUCUUCUGGUCAUACCACCACACAUGUUAUACCAGUAGUCGAUGGUCGUGGGGUUUUGGAGCAAACCAAAAGGAUAUCAUAUGGAGGACUGACGUCCACCGAUUAUAUGUUGAAGUUAAUGCAACUUAAAUAUCCAACUUUUCCAACGAAAAUGACUGUUAAUCAAGCGCAAUAUCUAGUGCAUAAUUAUACUUAUGUGGCAGAAGAUUAUUUUUCAGAGUUAAAGGAAUAUGCAAACCCAACAUCAUUCGCUGAAAGAGAUCGGAUUAUUCAAUUUCCUUAUAUCCCACCGGCAAAUGAAAAAACCGAAGAAGAAUUAGCCAGGGCGGAAGAAAGGAAACAAGAACAAGCACGUCGAUUGAAGGAGCAGGCAGCAAGAUUGCGCGAGAAAAAGUUGAGGGAACUUGAAGCCACUUUAUCUUCCUAUAUGGAACUAAAAACAAGUAAACCAUCGAUAAGAAAGUCAGAAUUUAUGGCGAGACUUAAAGAAAACAGGAUAAGUGACGAGGCAGAAUUAGACGAGUUAAUUCAAAAGACCGAGAAAUCAGUUCAACGAGCAAGAAAUAAACUACUGGGCAUCGAUGAAGUUGAAAUAAAGGAAGAACCUACCUUUCCGUUGGUAGAUAUCCCAGAUGAUCAAUUAAAUGACGCCGAGAAAAAAGAAAAAAAGAAACAGAUUGCAGCAAAAAGUCUUCACGAGUCGCGGCAAAGACAAAGAGAGGCUAAAGAACUAGUUAGAAGACAGCAUGAAGCAGAAGAAAGAAUGGAGGAACAAAAGCGACAAACUGAUUUUGAAGGCUGGUUAAGUGAAUUGAAGCGUAAUUAUCAGACUCAACUUGAAAAAGUAAAGAGUAUAAAGCGGAAAAAAGAGCAACUCUCGGAUCGAAGGAGUCACGCUUCACAAUUACGAAUGAA